AUGAUUUAGUAAAUAAAAAUAUUUUCAGGUAAAAGUUGGAAUGGUUAUGGUCAGUGAUGGGAAAAGUCGUCCUCAACCAAUGCGACUUCAGUUAUGUGAAAAUAUGUUAUUGCUACAGAAAGAAGAAAUUGUGAAUAGUAAUAUUACUAUUUGUCAUCAAGAACCUCCAGGCGAUUCUAGAGAACGUAUUGUUAAAGUAAUUCGUCAAAAAAUAGGCGGAUUAGGACUGAGUAUUAAGGGAGGGGCAGAAAAUAAAUUACCUAUUUUAAUUUCUAGAAUAUUUAGAGAUCAAGCAGAUGGUACUACAUGUAAAGCCAGCAAUCAAAUGUAG